AUGACCAGGAAUUCCCUUAUUAUCACGGUACUGCUCGUACUUGUGCUAGCUGUGGUUGGGAUAUACGGGAACUUUUGUGACCAGGGUCUCCCUGGAAGGUACUGUUUUAAGGACCUGAGUGGCUGGUAUGAGUGUACCAUUGACAAGAAAACCCAAAAAAUGGUUCAAAAAACGCACAAAUGUCCAGCCUCUACACGGUGAGUGAUUAGGGUUCCCUGGAGAGGACUCCGAAUAUGAAAGGGGUGGGGAUGCUCGUCGUCUCGCUUAGGGGUGGAAAUUUCGGAUUUUGGUCUCACUUAGGGUGUUUUAGGUAAAACGCCAUCAUAUUUAGCCGUGAAGGUCUCGUUUGGGGUUGCAAAUGAAAAAAUAUAAAAAUAUGUGUAUUGCCUGUGUUUUAACAUGGUCUCUUUUAGGGGUCCAAAAAAGCGCGGGCUACGCCCAUAUCGGUCUCUUUUAGGGGUUUAAUUCAAAAUUUCCGACGAGCAUCCCCACCCCUUUCGUAUGCGGAGUCCCCACGGGUCAGGUUUUGGUUCAAUGCAUGCAGUUUUAGUUUCAAAUUAAUAAACGUUGUGUGUUUUAUUAAAACGUUUGCAUGUAACAACUUAUAAGCUAAGAAGCAAUUUGAAAAUAAUGUAUUUGCUCACUAAAGCAAGAGUUGAUGAGACUUAACCAUGUCGAUUGUCUUUUUCACAAUUUCGGUAGCUUUCACUUCUGGUUGGUUAAGAAAAAUAGUGCAAUCAGACGGGUGGCUUGCGAGCAAGCCCGUCGGGGCAAAAAAACUUUCCCUGUUUGCUCCGCCGCCCGAGCGCCCCGGAGAGCUUGCAAGUAAGGCUAUAAACACACAGGUGUGUGGCCAUCAUCAUCAUUAUUAAAAGUAACGUCCUACGCACCAGUAGGUACAUAAUGCCGUAAUAUUCUCUGAAUAGGCUAGUUUUUUUUUGGCGUUGGCUGCAGUUAAUUCACAGUGUCGAUUAGUGUCCGCCUUUUCUGAACAGUUCCUUUUUCUAACUGAAACAUACAAGCUGGCGUUUUGGUAGUUUGAGAUGCACAGUUGUUAAUGAAAGCAUCUGGCUUCACAUAAAUAACUCUUGACGCGUUAAUCUCCUUACGUACCUGCAUUUACUUUCAGAUGUCAGUGUUUCUACGGUGUGGACUGCCCACCUACGGUCGGGAAACCCUGUGCUAAAUACGAGCUCCCCCCACCAUUCCCAGAAGUAUUUUCUACCUUCUACACCACGAUCGUUACCGACUGUGAUGCCAAGAGUUGUACGAACUUCACAAACAUCGGAGAAUUUCUGCAGAACUCUACCGCAGGGGAACAGCGACAUGAUCGAGUAGGAGCCGGUAGCUGGGAAACUACUUUCAUUUUCCCGUUUCAGUACAUUGAGAACAACAAUUACAUUCAGGUAUUUGCGCAGGUAUUUAAUCAAGCGUUUUCUGAAAUAUGGCGCUUGCAAAAUCACUUUAAAAUAGCGUGCCUGUAGUUGUCUGUAGUACACUAACAAAUACGACCUAAUACAUCGAUGAUGCUCUGUUUCAUGCCAAACGGUUUUUUGUUUAGUAGGGCGUGUCUUGGGUGUCCUGUGCACUCCCUUCUUACUCUAAAGUAACCUGAAGGAGGGCCUUUGUUAAUUUCCACAAGAGACAUAUAAAGAUGAGAGAGGGAACAAUUGCAAGCUUAAUCUAAGAUGCCUUUUUUUCCAUUCAGUAACCGGACCCUGGGCCGGGAUGUUCAAUGCUGGGUUAAGAUAACCCGGGGUGAGCGCAAAAUUCGAAGCAGAUAUGAAAGCGUAAAAAGCAGUCUUAUUCUUACCCUAGAAAGAAUAGAGAAAGUUAUCAGAGAAAAUGCUCUUGAACUGAAGAACAAGAAAAAGGGAUUCCAAAAUGUAACUCUGGGUUAGCGCUAAUCGGCCUUCGAACAACUGGGCCCUGUAUAAAUAGGAGUCGGAAAAAUACUGCCGGAGUGACCCUGCCGAUGGACUGGUAUGCCACUUAGGAGGCCGGGGACCGGAGAACUAGCCAGUAGUCCUUACUACUGAGACCAGGAUAAACCCCGGUCAUGUAGGGUUCUUUGUUGGCUCCUAGAGCUGUUUGACCGUACCCUAUACUACUGGUUCUUUCGUAGAGAGUAACCUAUUUUUUUCCUUCGUGUUUUAGUUUGACGCUAUCUGGUUCGGCAGAAACUGCACCCUCAAUUCCAGGUCUAACUUUCCGCGCUUUGGGGUACCACCCUAUUUCACUUGCGGAAAUACGUUUACUGGCAAACUGGGGGCCACCUUUAAAGGGUGUGAAUGGAGAUCAGGGGGACACAGCAAAACCGAUGAGGUAAGCGACAAAGAUUUUGGGGACACUGAACAUAUGCUGAACCACUGUAGGGGCGUGUACGGGAGGGCCUCACACGCCUAGCCUGCGAGCAACCUCUCCAUUCACGGGGGGAUUCGCGAGAAGUCACGCGACAGCAGCACGCGAAAGGAGACGCGAGUGCGUGGGGCAGGAAAGAAAGGGCGUGUUUAAUCUAGGCAGGUCAAGUCUCACUUUCCGUUUAACCCUUACUACAGACCUUUUCUUCAACCGGGGACCGCUCGCGCGCUUUCUCGCGCGUUCUUAAACUAGUCAAAAAUGCUGGCAGUAGCAGCGGCCGUGAUAGUUAUAAUGAGGCAUAAAAACUAGAUAAUAAUUUAUAAAGUACCCUUUCCUAAAGGGUCCAAAGGCUGUUUCAGUUUGGGACCAGGCUGUUCGGGACUUCACCUUAUUUUAGGCCAAACCGAAGCCCGUAAAAUUGAGAAAAGUUAUUUUCAAGAACAGGAUUCCUCUAUCUCAGGGUUUGGAUUUAUGCCCCACUCCACCCUCCCCCCCCACCUCACACCACCCAUCACCACCACACACCUGAAUUUUACAGCAACAUACCUGAAUGGGAUCAAGGUAUUUGUCCUGGUCUCUAAGCCCGCUACAGUAGAGGUUUCAAUUCGAAAAUGUUCAUUUAUAUUCAUGCUGUUCCAGUGAUUGGGUAAAUACUAUCGGCUUCAAUAAGUUCUUCAACACUUUACAAAGCAUAACCAUUUCUUUUCGUCCAUUCCAGGUUAUCAUUGACAAAUGGCUUUUGAUUCAAUUGACGGAUGGUCGCUUCAUACCCUUUGCGCACGAGGUGCAAAGGCGCCCAACCCCCGCCAGCAACCACACAGAAUUCUACGAUACUGUGUUCGCCUCGUUCUUCCCAGACUUCCUCGAUCCUAGUCAGCUGUCGAUGCCGACAUUUUGUGGCCAAAACCUUGCAGCAUUGACGACCAGCCGUGUCGAAGGAAACGAGCCCGGUAUGAAACCCCCGGAGUUCAUGCGCGAAAAGUUGGCGAGAAACAAGGCUUAUGAUAUAGCCGAGUACUAUGACGCAAAACGUCGCUUACAGUUACUGCGCAACCAGGGAUAG